CCCGCGUUGCGGUGGCUCCGGAGAUGCUGGAGCGCGGCGCCCCGCUGCUGCACCUGGCGCGCUGAGCGCGGCGCGGGGAGCCCCGGGGGCGGGCGCGGGGCGCCCACUGCAGUCCAAAGCCGGCCCGGCUGCUCGGGCGCUGCGAGACGUCGCCCGAGCGCGGUCAGGUGCGGCCGGACCGCCCCUCGCCACGCCACUAACUUGCCCCUGGGUCGAGCGCCUGGUCUCGGGGGUCCUCGACGCUCGGGGGCCGGUGGGGGGCGGGGAGAGUGGGGGAGUUCGAGGGUCUGCGAUCGCCCCAGGAGGGAUCCUGCGAGUGCUGGGGGGGAGAGCCCGCCGGGUGCCGCUAGGCUUUCCCCCCACCCUCCCCCGCCCCCCGCACCUCCCCAUCGCUCCCCUCCCCCCACCCCUGGCCGCUCUCCCUUCCUCGGAUUCGGAGCGCGGCGGGCGCCUGUGACAUGCGAACGCGGCCGAGGGACGGUCCCCGAGUCUGAAGUGCCCGCGAGGAAGUGAGCGGCGAGGCGGGCGGCCGGCGAUGACAGCCAUGAAGCAGGAGCAGCAGCCCACCCCGGGGGCCCGAGCCGGCCCCGCGCCGCCUGCGGACCAGGAACUCGGAAGUAAUAGCCCUCCACAGAGAAACUGGAAGGGAAUUGCUAUUGCCCUGCUGGUGAUUUUAGUUGUAUGCUCACUCAUCACUAUGUCAGUCAUCCUCUUAACCCCAGAUGAACUCACAAAUUCAUCAGAAACCAAACUAUCAUUAGAAGACCUCUUCAGGAAAGAUUUUGUGCUUCAUGAUCCUGAAUUUCAGUGGAUUAAUGAUACAGAUGUGGUCUAUAAAAGCGAGAAUGGACAUGUCAUUAAACUGAAUAUAGAAACAAAUGCCACCACAUUAUUAUUGGAAAACACAACCUUUGUUGUCUUCAAAGCAUCAAAACAUUCAGUUUCACCGGAUUUAAAAUAUGUUCUCCUGGCAUAUGAUGUCAAACAGAUUUUUCAUUACUCAUAUACUGCUUCCUACGUGAUUUAUAACAUACAUACUGGGGAAGUUUGGGAGCUAAAUCCUCCAGAAGUUGAGGACUCCAUCUUGCAGUAUGCAGCUUGGGGCGUCCAAGGCCAGCAGCUGAUUUAUAUUUUUGAAAAUAACAUCUACUAUCAACCUGAUAUAAAAAGCAGUUCAUUGCGAUUGACAUCUUCGGGAAAGGAAGGAAUUAUUUUUAAUGGGAUUGCUGACUGGUUAUAUGAAGAGGAAAUUCUGCAUUCUCAUAUCGCCCACUGGUGGUCACCAGAUGGAGAAAGACUUGCCUUCCUGAUGAUAAAUGAUUCAUUGGUACCAAACAUGGUUGUUCCUCGCUUUACUGGAGCAUUGUAUCCCAAAGGAAAGCAGUAUCCAUACCCUAAGGCAGGUCAAGUGAACCCAACAGUCAAAUUAUAUGUUGUAAAUCUAUAUGGACCAACUCAUACUUUGGAACUCAUGCCACCUGAUAGCUUUAAAUCAAGAGAAUACUAUAUCACUAUGGUUAAAUGGGUAAGCAAUACCAAGACGGUGGUGAGAUGGUUAAACCGACCUCAGAAUAUCUCAGUCCUCACUGUCUGUGAGACCACGACAGGUGCUUGUAGUAGAAAAUAUGAGAUGACAUCAGAUACAUGGCUCUCAAAGCAGAAUGAAGAACCUGUAUUUUCUAGAGAUGGCAGUAAAUUCUUUAUGACUGUUCCAGUUAAGCAAGGGGGACGUGGAGAAUUUCACCACAUAGCUAUGUUCUUUGUCCAGAGUAAAAGUGAGCAAAUUACUGUGCGGCACCUGACAUCAGGAAACUGGGAAGUGAUAAAGAUUUUGGCAUAUGAUGAAACUACUCAAAAAAUUUACUUUCUGAGCACUGAAUCUUCUUCCAGAGGGAGGCAGCUAUACAGUGCUUCUACUGAAGGAUUAUUGAAUCGCCAAUGCAUUUCAUGUAACUUCAUGAAAGAAGAAUGUACAUAUUUUGAUGCCAGUUUUAGUCCCAUGAAUCAGCAUUUCCUAUUACUCUGUAAAGGUCCAGGGGUUCCUGUCAUCAGUCUACAUAGCACAGACAAUCCAUCAAAAUAUUUUGUAUUGGAAGGCAAUUCUAUGCUGAAGGAAGCUAUCCAGAAGAAGAAGAUAGUAAAGUCAGAAAUUAAAAUGCUUCAUAUUGAUGACUAUGAACUUCCUUUACAGUUGUCCUUUCCCAAAGAUUUUACGGACCGAAACCAGUAUGCUCUUCUCUUAAUAAUGGAUGAAGAACCAGGAGGACAGCUGGUUACAGAUAAGUUCCAUAUAGACUGGGAUUCAGUACUUAUCGACACUGAUAAUGUCAUCAUAGCAAGAUUUGAUGGCAGAGGAAGUGGAUUCCAGGGCCUAAAAAUUUUACAGGAGAUUCAUCGAAGGUUAGGUUCAGUGGAAGUAAAGGACCAAAUAGCAGCUGUGAAAUUUUUGUUAAAGCAACCAUACAUUGACUCUAAGAGAUUAAGCAUUUUUGGAAAGGGAUAUGGUGGAUAUAUUGCUUCAAUGAUCUUAAAAUCAGAUGAGAAGCUAUUUAAAUGUGGAUCUGUUAUCGCUCCUAUCAUAGACUUGAAAUUGUAUGCCUCAGCCUUCUCUGAAAAAUACCUUGGUAUGCCAUCUAAAGAAGAAAGCACUUACCAGGCAUCGAGUGUGUUACAUAACAUUCAUGGCUUAAAAGAAGAAAAUAUAUUAAUAAUUCAUGGCACUGCUGAUGCAAAAGUUCAUUUUCAGCACUCAGCAGAAUUAAUCAAACACCUAAUCAAAGCUGGAGUGAAUUAUACUAUGCAGAUCUACCCAGAUGAAGGCCAUAACAUAUCUGAGAAAAGCAAGUAUCAUCUCUACAGCACAAUCCUCAGAUUCUUCAGUGAUUGUUUAAAAGAAGAAAUACCCGUGUUACCACAGGAACCGGAAGAAGAUGAAUAAUAGACCUUAUUUAUAUAAAACUGAAGGGGACAUCAAGGCUCAAUGAAACGUAGCCAAGAGACUGUCAUAUUGUAGAUGAUCCAGAAUUUCAAAGGCAGCUUAAGGAGAUGACAUUAGAACAGCACACUCUGAGACAAUGAACUAGAAUUUGAAUACAGAAGUCCGAGUCUACUGUGUUGCCAAGGGUGCAGAACCUGGUUUUUGUGUGUGUGUGUGUAAGGAAGGUCAAGGGUUGGUUCCUGGGAGAAAUUAGUUUUGCAUUAAAGUAGCAGUAGUGCAUGUUUUCUUCUGUUAUCCCCCUAUUUGUUCUGUAACAAGUUGCUUCAUUUUAAUUUCAAUGAACACCAUGAUCUUUGCAUAUAAUGCACAACUUAUCAAUACUACAAUCCCUGAUCUUUGAUGGCUGAGCUGCAAUCUAACACUUUACUGUACCUUUACAAUAAGUGCAAUUCCUUCAUUGUUUACUAUUAUGCUUAAGAAAAUAUUAGUUAAUAAAAAACAGAUUAUUUUAUGUAAUUUCUGUUUAUAAAAAGACAUUAUUAAAUGGGUCAAGGUCAUGUAGAAAUAUGGACUUCAGCACCUUCCAAAGUUCAGCCUGUUAUCAGUAGAUACAAUAUCCUUAAAUGAAUACUCGACCGUAUGUCUCAUAGUAUAUAUAGACAUACGUGCAUACAGAGUCAAUCAAUCUAACCUUACCUGUUAUUCAAGCUUCAAAGGAUAAACUUUUGAUGAAUUAGAAGAAAUGCUCUUUUUUGCAGGCUGUAAUGGAUGCUUUGUUUAAUGAGCCAAAUAUGAUGAAACAUUAUUUUCCAAUUCAAAUUCUAGCUAUUGCUUUCUUAUAAAUGUUUGGGUUGUGUUGGUAUUGUUUUUAGUGGUUAAUAGUUUUCUAGUUGCAAUUUAAUUUUUUGAAUAUGAACCUUGUCACAUGUAAAUUAGAUACUUAAAUAUUAAAUUAUAGUUUCUGAUAAAGAAAUUUUGUUAACAAUGCAAUGCCACUGAGUGCUAUUUUGCUCUUUUGGUGAAGAAGGCUUUUUUAAAACCCUUGUCCUUUUACUUCUAUCUCUAGAUGCAGAAUCAAUUCUCAUUUUCAUUGUAAAAGUGAAGAGCUGCAUUAUUUCAUUUGUCAGUUCCUAUUUAGUAUUCCAUGCCCACUCAAUUCAUCUGUUACUGUUUAAUUUAAAUCCUUCUGGUGAGAAUUAGAAAUGAAAUAUUUUUUAUUCAUUGGCUGAAAAGGCCACAAACAGCAGUGUUUGCUAUUUAAUUUGAGUCAAAGGCACAAAAUGCAUUAAUUCCUGUGCUGUGCUGACUUGCAGUAGUAAGUAACUGGGAGUGUGAAAUGAACUUGACUAUAUAAAGUCAAAUUUAAGUAAUGAGAAUAUUAAUGUUGGUGACUAAAGUUAAAGAGUAUCUUCUCACGUUGCCUGAGGGAUGUUCUAAAAGAUGUUUAAAGGUCUGUAACUAAGUUUAGGAACUCAGAUAAAUCUAGAACAUGUACUAAGAUAUUGCGGUUUGAAAAAAUUCCUUAAUACAGACUGAAUUAUCAAGCCUUCAGAACACCAGGAGGAAAUUUUAAAAUGUAACAAAAUUGCUCAGUACCCCCCCUUUUUUGUGAAAGAAUCAAUCUAAAAAUCUGGGAAUUUGAAAAAACAUAAAUCAUUUUUAGGGUAUUCCACUUCUCUUCUGAAUGCUUUGAAAUAUUGUCUUUACUACAUUGGAUUCAAUUUAAAAUAGAAAAGGCUCUCUUUUUUGAAAGACCAAUUUCAGGUCUUUUUCAAGAAUGGCAAACACAUUUUUACAAAAAUGAGUUGUAAUGUUUAAAAGGAAAGUUUGCCUAUUUUAUUAAGAUGGAAAUUUCUUUUUAUUGUGAUUUGAAGUUCAACUGAAGCUUUUUAAUCAACAUUUUCAAUUGCAAAUUCUAGAGUUUUCUAUUAUGCAAAUAAUUAUGUUGUCUUGAAAGAUGUGGUUUUAUUGAAUGUCUAUUUAAGUAACAUUUAAAAAGUAUUUACCUUUUACUGUUCUUCACUUCUCUUGUUUUAUUACUAUUAUCAAUGUUUAUCUAUUUUCCAAUUAAUUUAAUACAGUUUCUAAUGUGAAAACAUUUGUCUGGAACCCACUUUCACCUUAAAGUCUAGCUAUAUCUAAAAUGAAGACUACUAUUUAGUAGGAGGUGGAAUAUUUUCCUCUCCUUGUAUCUCUGGUUUUAAAUAAUUGGAUAUUUAUAGGGACAGGGAAUGUUCAAAAUUCAAAAACACCAGUUGCUAAAGGAAACAUGAAACUGGAUGCUCCCUUGUUUGAUUGCCCUAAUUUAUAACAUACUAUUCAUAUACCCCUUAAGGUUUAAAGAUAAUCAGAUCUGUAAUAAACAUGCAAAAUUAAAUUAUCCAGAGACAAACACAUCACCUUUGAAACGAUUUCAAAAAAGAAGUGUCAUUAUUUUUUCCGCUUAAAUUGCUUCCAUUGAGGUCUCUAACUCAGUACUUAAAGACUAAGGAAAUUGCUGAACCUUUUAUUUCCCUGACAAACUAAGAAGAGAGGGCACUCCUCAAAAUAUGAAUCUCCACUUCUGCUGAGAAUAAGUCAAUUUGAUUUGAUACUUUAUAGAAAUAACCACUGAGGGUCUUGCAGAUGUUGGUCUAUUAGAAUGAAUUGAUUUAAACAUUGGUCUUUACUGUACAGAGAAUUUCUUAACCUAGUAGCCUCAAGUGGGAAACUUGAAACUGAUGUACCAGGGACUGAGUUACUCUCUAUUUUCUAGGAUCAUUGAAAGUACACAGCUCCAAAAGAGAAUCAUGUAUAAAAAACUUAUUUUGUCCUUCCUCACAUGCUCUGAUCACAGUUUACAUCCUGCAGCAACCAGCAUUGCAUAAAUAAAACCUGACUCUCAGCUUCA